AUGUUUGAGCCGGCCAUGGAGCUCCUCCGCCGCCUGAUUGGCACCCUCGUCGCCAUAAUUGACAUCGCGUAUGCACUCAUCUACUGUACAUUCGCGUCCAUCAUCUACGGUAUCGGUGCCAUCAUCCUCUUCCUCUCCUGGUGCGCGUUCUGCGUCCUCCUUCAGUCUGUCGCCGAAUAUGUCCCAAUCAAAAGAUACAUCGACCGCCGCCUGCAGGAUGAAUUCCUGCGAAAUUUCAAGGAUAUGAGUCGCAAAGAGCUUACUAUGAGAGCAAGACUGAUCAACGUUGGGGAGGACAUCAAAAUGCGAAACGAAACCAACAACGUCCUGCUUCAGGAAAUCUGCAGCGCUGAGAGGUAUACAGCUCCAUCUGCCUUCGCCGUUAUCCGCUGGUUGUGGUCCCAAGACUACGAGACCCAUCGACUCGAAUGCUCUAUCGCAGGUUUCGCCGCACAGCUUGAGCAAAACAAGCAGUUGCUGAGGUCUCUGGAUCGAGAACAUGACAGUCUGGAGUCGCAGCUGAGCCAGGUCCUGACCAAGAAGCGCGAGGUGCGACACAAGUCCGAUCUGCCAAACUACGAGCAAAUGUAUCGGAACUUCGAUGCGGCUCUCGAGUCCAUGAGGACCCUUCGGCACCACUCACCUCUACACCAGUCCAUCUACACGUGCACAAUUCGGCAGGACAUGGCUUCCUCGUACCCUGAGUGGCUUGUGCCUCCGAAGCGACUGCACUGGUGGGAAUGGGGCUUGCUGGUUCCCGGCCAGGCACCUCCUCAGAUCACAUCUCUACCAGACGUCGGCAACUGGUCUGCGCCUUUGUCUGCUUCGGCUCCGGCUCCGAACCAGGCCCUUGCUGCCGUCUCCGCCGCACCGGUCUCCAUGCCGUUCCCACCGCUGAAACCUCUCUUCGGCCCUGCGCCUCCUGCCGCUGCCGCCGCCGCCGCCGCCGCCCCGGAACCUCUACCUACCCCCGGUAACACCUCAGUCGCCCCUAUGGAGCACACGACACCUCCUCCGGCUCCUGCCAAGACUCUCUCGCUGGCGGAGCGGCUCCGGGACCCUGCCGGCUUGCGGGCCCGGCCUCCUACCCCACCGCCUCCUUCCAGUCCUCGCUCUUACCGCUCCCGAUUCUGA